GAGGGAGAGAUAGUGGGGGGUAAUGGAGAAAAGGAGGCAGCUUUAACAUCCUCAUUCUGGGCCUUUUAGCGGACUGUCACUGGGCCGGGCGGCCUGCUAAACUGGGCUUUGACUUUCUGUUAGCUGAGGAUGGUCAUGUGAAGAACAAAAAGCAACAAAAGAAAGUUCUCUGUGUUCCUACCUCUGACAAUCGUCUGUAUAUCAAAGUGCUCGAUGGCUGUCACGCAGGCUGCGCUCCCUUCCUUCAGCUCCUUCUCCAGCCUCGCUCAGUCCAGCGACAAUAUGAAAGUGUGGGAGUCAGAGGGCGGCUCUCUCCCUCUGGACUCUCUCAGCAGCAAACUGUCACCCAGCGGCUCUGAACAGCUACAGGUCUCACAGCAAAUAACUGAGGAGCUCCUGGAUGAUGACAGCAGAGUAUCCUGGGACAUUGAGUUCCUGCUGUCUGAAUGGAGCAGUCCAUCUACCAACCUCGACCCCUCUCUGGAUAACAAGGAUCAGGGACCCCCACAGUCAGACCCUCACACAGAGUACCAUGAGAAACCAGCCCAGGGGCAUGUGCAGGUGAACACAGGCUGCCUGAUGGAGCUCCAGCCCGCUGCUGAGACCUUCCCCUCCGCCCAGCCGGAGGUCUAUCACCAUGGUUACAACGGCGACCAAUCGGGUCGGUUUCAUAGUCUACCUAACGUAGAUCAGUUCGGCUUCCCUCAGGGAGGCAGUGUGGAGAGGCACAGCAGAGGAAAUAAGGUCUCAUCCUGGGACUUUAACCCUUACUACCCCCAGCAGCACCCCUCCAUGGUGCCCCUCCCCGACAGAGGGUUCAUCCCACAUCAAGCCGUGACCCCUGACUCACUACACUACAGCUACAUGCCACACUUUAACCACAACCUCUUCCGUGACUACACCCACGGCCAGGCCUCCAGUCACCUGGCUCUCCACCAGCAGACCCUGCUGAUGGGCCCCCAGCUGCCCCCUUGUGGGGAGGAGAUGAAGCGCGGUCGAAGGGUUACGGGGAAAAAGAAGCCUGCCGUCCACUGCUGCGACUACCCCAACUGCAGCAAGACCUACACCAAGAGCUCACACCUCAAGGCUCACGUGCGCACACACACAGGGGAAAAGCCGUACCAGUGUUCCUGGGAAGGCUGCAACUGGAAAUUUGCCCGCUCAGACGAGCUGACGCGUCACUACCGCAAGCACACGGGACAAAAACCCUACGAGUGCCUGCUGUGUCAGAGGGCCUUCUCCCGCUCCGACCACCUGGCUCUGCACAUGAAGAGACACAUCUGAUGCUCACACACACACGCAGAAAUGAACAGGAAUCAUUUUUGAUAUUGGUUAUUCGUUCAAGUUUUUUUCUAUGACCCAAAUCAGUACACUGAUCAGCAGACCUAAGAAAUCAACCGAAAAUGUUCGAAAUAUUACCUUGAAAUCUGCACUUGAUCAUCUGGCUGGUUAAUACAGGCCCACAUGUAGAUAAGCAACAUGAGGAUUGAAACACAACUAUUGGUAGGCUUGUAUUACAAUUAAUUUAUCUUAUACUUUUUUAUUUGAUUUUUGGCUAAAGAAAUGCCAUAUUUUACCCUAUUGAAUCCGUGUUUUCCUUUCAUUUAACACUCGAGGCUCAAAAUGAGAUUAAGUGAACUCACAGUGAUAAUUAAGGCAUAAAUAAUACAAAAUGUUGGAGUCGAUUAAGACUUUCUCAGUAAGAUGUUAGGACUCAAAUGUAAAAAGAGAUUAGGUUGUUCUCUCUUUGACCUAAAUAAAAAUAGCAAUACAGAUAUAAAAUCAGUAUUCUUUGUAAGAGCCAGUUAGAUGAACACUGUAGGCAUGUAUACAGAAAACAUUAACACUAACAAAAUACCGACCUACAAAAAUAAAUGUAUAUUUAUUUGUGUGUACUACGGGUUAUAAGACAAUACACAGUUGUAGUAUCUCAUGGCACGCUGAACAGAGAAUUGACUGCUUAAUGCUUCGCUGUAUUUCUGCUUUUAUGAUAUCUUAGUCUGAUUUCCAUUUAGAGGUUUAGUUCAUAGUAAUCCUGCUUGUAAUUCAUACCAGACCAUAAAACAUAUUUGAAACUAUGUGAUGACAGUAAAUGGAGAGCUAUGCAUUUUUGUCACCUUCCUUUAUGUUUGUCUGUUUGGGGAUUAUUAAUUUAAGAA